UUCAGAGGGUGAAGAGCAUAAGUGCCGGAGCUCCACUACCAUGACGACUGUGGCCAAAGCUUUCAUCGGGCUCUUCUGGCUCCUGCGGUUGGUGUGUGCGGUCUUCCCUGAGGAACCUGGACCUCUGAACUUUAUCCCCACUGAAGUGGUGAGAAGGUAUCCUGUGUUUCUCGGACGACCCCAUCGCUCAUCUCUCAGACAGGAGCCCUUACACAUUCAGAGGAUCCUGCAGGUCAAUCGUACCCUUUACAUCGGAGCCAGAGAUGACCUUUUCCGAGUGGAGCUGGACAACGUGGUGGGAGAAGAGAUGUUUUACAGUAAGAAGAGGACAUGGGAAUCCAACAAAAAUGACAUCAGAAUCUGUAGAAUGAAGGGAAAGCAUGAGGGAGACACUCUUGAGAUGGUGGGAGAAACUGUCAGUGGGAUGGCUAGAUGCCCAUAUGACCCGAAACAUGCCAACGUGGCCCUGUUUGCAGAGGGGAAUCUUUACACUGCCACAGUGACUGAUUUUCUGGCCAUCGAUGCUGUGAUCUACAGGAGUCUGGGGGACAAUCCUGCUCUGCGAACAGUGAAACAUGACUCCAAAUGGUUUCGAGAGCCAUACUUUGUGAAUGCUGUGGAAUGGGGGCCACAUGUCUACUUCUUUUUCAGAGAGAUGGCCAUGGAGUUCAACUACCUGGAGAAGGUGGUUGUGUCUCGUGUGGCACGUGUGUGCAAAGCCGAUCAAGGCGGUUCACAGCGUGUGCUGGAAAAGCAGUGGACGUCGUUCCUGAAAGCUCGACUGAACUGCUCAAUCCCAGGAGACUCGCACUUCUACUUCAACCUCCUGCAUUCCACCAGUCCCAUCAUCCGCAUGCAUGGCAGGGAUAUCAUCCUCGCCGUCUUCUCCACACCCUCCAACAGUAUUCCUGGCUCUGCAGUGUGUGCUUUCGACAUGGAGCAGCUGGCCGGAGUGUUUGAUGGAAGAUUUAAAGAGCAGAAAUCGCCUGAGUCGAUAUGGACACCUGUUCCAGAUGAGGUUGUGCCCAAACCGAGGCCGGGUGGUUGUGCCAUACAAGGCUCAAAGUUCAAUUCCUCCAACUCUUUCCCUGAUGACAUGUUAACUUUUGUCAAGACACAUCCGCUGAUGGAUGAAGCCAUCCCAUCACUCGGUCAGAGACCAUGGAUUGUUAGGACCAUGGUCAGAUACCAGCUCAACAAAAUGGUGGUGGACACAAACUCUGGUCCCUAUGGCAACCAGACAGUCCUCUUUCUGGGUUCCAGCCGAGGGACCAUCCUCAAAUUCCUUGUCACCCCCAACAGGGAUAACACAGUGACCAACAACAAUGUGUUCCUCGAGGAACUGGAAGGCUACAACCCAGACAGGUGUGGGACGGACUCUCCUCAGGCCAGGCAGCUGCUUUCUCUCACGCUGGACCGCAUCAGUCACAGCCUCCUACUGGCUUUCCCCUCUUGCUUGAUCAAAGUGCCUGUAGCACGCUGCCAACUCUAUUCCCGCUGCAUGAAGAACUGCAUCGCCUCACGGGAUCCCUACUGCGGCUGGACCAGAGGAAGCACCUGCUCUUUCCUCCGUGCAGGUACAAGGCUUCCCUUCGAACAAGACGUUGAGCACGGAAACACUUCUCACUUGGGAGACUGUGACGGUCUUCUGCAGGAGAGUUUCAUCGAGGAACCAGAUGGCUUGGUGUCCGUGAACUUGCUGGUGUUGUCAGCGGUUUCAGCGUUUGCCACCGGGGCGGCGCUGUCAGGUCUGAUGGUAUGUUGGAUAAUGAGCCUCAAGCACCGCCAGCACUCCAGAGCCAGUGGAUCUGGAAUGGGGAGUCAUCGCAAGAGUGACAAGGAGCAGAGCAUGCUGGGACACGGCCGCAGCGGUUCCGUGAUCAGCGUGACACGUAUCAGCGGCAGCGAACGACCCCGCUCGCAGGUUGAGAACAUGUUCACCAACGGCUGGCCAAAAUCUGGAGACAUCGACCCAGGACUUCCCACUCCAGAACAGACGCCUCUGCAGCAGAAACGUCCCACUCCUAAUGUCCAUCUCACAGACUGCGAUUGGGACCAGAGCCAUACUUUCCUCGCCCAGACAGGGACACCCUGCCCAGCGAGCUCAGCAGUCAUUUACUUGAGCUCCAAAUACCUGCAAGGUGGGCGGCAAGAGGGAUCGGGUGAUGUUCCUCCUCAUUCAGAGCGUCAGCGGUACCUCAUCCUCUCGCAUCCAUCGAAUCAGCGGGAGCAGGGUGGGCGACCCUCCGCCCCACCUACUCGCAACUCUGCUGGUGAAUACAACUAUCCGGCAACACCUCAGGACUCACCUGACCGCAGGAGGGUGGUUUCGGCUCCUACCACACAGUCGGAUUAUGGCGACCAUCUGCGAUGGUCCCGCGACGGACUCAACUUCAAUAGCAACAACGCAACUCCUUCUGGCCACCACCCAUAUCCGAUACAGCCGCGCACUAAUGCAGCGUUAGUACGGCCAGGUCAUCACACUCAGCGGGGACUCAAUGAGAUACAGGACUACAGCCACCUGCUGGUGAAAAGUGAGCGCAACCCAAAUGGCCAGUGAGUGGUCCAGGCCCGUUCACCGUCCCAUCACCCUCAAGACUCAGACUCCUUCUGUAAUCCUGCCCUUCCUAUCCUCUCUCACUGCCAUCCAGUGUCUUUCAAGUCCCCCACCAGUGGCUGAGUUCUAGGACUACCGAGAGUGAGAGAACGAGAGUGUUAAUGGUUGGUGUUAAAGCCGCUAUACUCCCCUGCCUGCAGGGUGACACCACUUAGCACGUUAGCGGCUUCUAUCACACCCUGUCUUAUAAAGCGGAAGGAUCGCUUAGGAAAACGGAUCCGUUUGGGUGAUGGGAGGUGAAAUACAUAAUCAUAAUCCUGCAAAUGGCUACGUUGACUGUUUAGCAUAGCGAAGCAGUUGCGGAUUGGUUCUCUGUGUAAUCUCACACUCUGUGCACCUUUCAGUGGAAGUGAUCCGUUUCGCUUUCACCUCUCUUGCUUUAUGUUUGCACCUGUGGAUGCUUCUUUUGUGCAUCCGGGACCUUUGCAGACAAGCUCAAACUUCCUUGUGUCUGUUUGUAUAUGUAUGUGAGCCACGCCAAAACGGGGAUUAAAAUGUGUUUGUCGGCUAGGCUUGAUAUGAAAGCAAAAUGGCCGACCAACACUGGAGUUUCUUAAGUGAUCUGAUGUCAAAUGACUGACUAUCCCUCCAUCUCUUAACCUAUUAUGUGUCAGGAAGCAAUCAAGACAACUGCCAUGUGACUUUAAAGACUUGUGUGCUGGAAUAUCAGAUUUAAAUGGGUCAUGGAAAAGAGCAUUCGCCAAAAAUCAUGGAAUCAUGCUUUCUGGACGGAACAGGGAAACACUGUGGAAAUAUGUUGUUGGGUGGACCCAUUUAUUUUGUGGUGUAUCUUAAAAACCAAGACGUUUAAUGUGUUUUUCAUCCCCUACACAUGCUAGCAUUAGAGCAGAGCAUUUGCAACACUUUCUCUUUCUUUCGCUCAGCCUGGCUUCGUUCUCUCUGCAGUCCAUUGAGUCAAAUGUGAGCUCGGUUGUCUGGGCCGAGUCGGGCCGCUAGGGAGCUGCAUUCAGAGUGUCUCACUGACACUGGGUGUCUUUGUGCGGCCCAGCCAAAGAAGACCAUCCCAACAAAUAGCCGUUAAGAGUCAUGGCCUAGCCAUCAGCCCAGCCCAGGAGAAUGUCAAUGAGGAGCCAGACAGAUCGGACCCCUCUGGGUCCCCCCUCACUGCCAGCCUUCACAAACCUCACAGAAUCAGACGAGUACAAUGUUACAUUUAGAUGGAGAGCAAAACAAUCAGACCCACUGGGCUCCCAAUGGCACUGUGCCCGUCUGGCUCUCUUUGGAUUGCUGUUUGUUUGUUUCAGGGUUGUAAACCCCACUGGAGGCAAGAACGAAAUAGUGUACUAUUCAAUUCAUUCACCUCUCAGUGAACGACGUUAUCUCUGCUUUCUUCCCAUGAGGCACCCGUAAUUUACCAAGCAUUACCUGAGUGUGUCCACUAGAGGACAGUAAUACAUAAUGCACUCUGCAUAAUGCAGAGAUUUAUUUUUAUUUUUUUACUUAGUGCUCAAUGGACCCUUUUCACAGUGUGAGAUGACACAUUUCUGGAGUAAUUAACAUUGUAAA